AUGGGUGAACAAGAACAAGCCGCAGGACCUGUACAGGUGUACAAUUGUCCGUUCAGAUUACCUCCUCAACUUGAUUUAUCCUCUGGAAAUGUAUCCGAGAACUACAAAAAGUGGAAAAGACAAGUUGAAGUUUACAUGUCUGCGUCAGGAGGAAUCGACAAAAGUAAAGAGGUACAAGUAGCAAUUAUUUUGAGUUGUGGUGGACCUCACGUAGUCGAGAUAUAUGACCAGUUUCAGUGGGAAGACGAAUCUCAUAAGAAUGACCCUGCCAAGUUAUAUGAGAAGCUACAGGCCUAUUGUAAUCCUCGUUCCAACGAAGUGUUAGAGUCUCACAGAUUCUGGAAGUUACCUUAUCAGGAACCCUUUGACAAAUUUCUUACAGAAUUAAGAACACGUGCAGCAUCGUGUAAUUUCCAGGAACAGGAGAGGAUGAUGCGUGACAAGAUUGUAUUUACAGCUACUGUGAAUAAACUAUCUACAAACAAACGACAGAAAAACUUCACAAAGCAGAAAGUGACACACAAACAGAAAAGUGAUUCACAGCCUUCGAGCAAGGAGAAGAAAGAGUUUGAUUCCUGUGGUUAUAAACAUGAACAUGGCAAAUCAAAUUGUCCAGCAUGGGGCAAAAGAUGUGACAAGUGCAACGGGAGAAAUCAUUUUAAGUCCAAAUGUAAGAAAAUACAUGCUGUUGGUGAAGAUAGUGAAGACAGUCCAGAGUUAGAAGACAGUUGGCUCCUUGCGUUGAAAAGCAAAGACAAACAGAGCAAAGAUAUCACUGCGAUAAUGAAUGUAAAUGAUUGUGACGUACGUUUUCAGUUGGACAGUGCAGCUGACGUAAAUACCAUUUGUCAGAAAUAUGUGAAGAAGGAACAGUGUCGUCCGUCAAACAUUCGUCUUAACAUGUGGAACAACACUCAUAUGAAACCCCUCGGUGAAGCCGAUCUUGAUGUAAUCAAUGUGCGUUCCAACGUCGUCCAGAAACUUAGAUUUGUGGUAGUGCAAAACAAUCUUACCUGUCUACUUGGCAAGGAUGCAAUUCAAGACAUGGGACUUGUGACAGUGAACAGUGAGAAGUUCAUAUCUAAAAUUGGAUUAGAACAGCCUCUUGGUGACUUGGGCAUAGCAACUCUGAAAGUUGACCCCAGUAUUCAACCCAAAGUACUUCCAUGCAGGAAAAUACCGAUUGCUAUCCAGGACUCAGUUAAGCAGGAAAUCGACAGACUUGUUGAUCGAGGUGUUUUGAUACCAAUUACAGAACCAACAUUGUGGGUUAGUCAGAUGGCCGUGGCUCACAAGUCAGAUGGAAAGUUGCGAGUUUGUAUAGAUCCACAACCUCUUAACACAGCUCUGAUACGAGAGUACUACAGAUUACCUGUAUUAGAUGACGUACUUCCAAAGCUAACGAAUGCUAAGGUAUUUAGCAAACUUGACGUUAAAGAAGCGUUUUGGCACGUUCGCCUUGAUGAGGAAUCGAGCAAACUUACAACUAUGAUAACGCCAUUCGGGAGAUACAGGUGGGCUCGUUUACCUUUUGGAUUGAAAGUCUCUAGUGAAAUCUUCCAGCGACGGUUAGACGAAGCAUUAUCAGGACUGGAAGGUGUGUUUAGCAUUGUCGAUGACAUUAUUAUUGCAGGAUGUGGUGACAGUGAAGAAGCAGCAAAACGUGACAAUGAACUCAAGAUGCAGAAAGUUUUCCAGAGAUGUGAAGAGAGACAUAUUACACUAAACAAGGAUAAGGAAGAGUCCGGACUUCGUGAAAUUUCAUUUCAUGGACACACAAUUUCUAAAGAUGGUGUCAAGGUUGAUGAAAGUAAAGUGAAAGCUAUCCUUGAAAUGCCAGCACCGACUGAUGUCUCGGGAAUCAAACGCUUAUGUGGAAUGGUUCAAUACAUGUCAAAAUUCCUACCAGACUUGUCGAAGGUAUUGGAACCACUACGACUACUUACCCGUAAAGACCAAAAGUGGAACUGGGACAGCAAAUGUGAGUCAGCAUUUCAGACUUUGAAGCAUAAGUUGACAGAAACUCCAGUUCUGGCUUAUUUUGAUCCUUCAAAGGAUGUUACUGUACAAGUCGACAGCAGCAAAGAAGGAAUUGGUGCCGUACUACUCCAAGAUGGAAAGCCGGUCGAGUACGCAUCAAGAGCUCUUACACAAGCAGAGAGAAAAUGGGCUCAGAUAGAGAAGGAAGCUUUAUCCGUUCUCUAUGGACUUGAACGCUUUGAUCAGUACACUUAUGGAAGGAAAGUUUUUAUCCAUAAUGAUCACAAACCAUUAUCUGCUAUAUUGCGCAAACCAUUAGGACUAGCACCUAAAAGACUGCAAGAUAUUAUGAUGCGUUACUUCAGAUAUGAUGUAGAAUUCGUAUUUGAGAAAGGAGUAAACCUUGUUAUAGCGGAUACGCUAAGCCGAGCUUUUCUCAUGACAACGGAAGGAAGUGUAGAUGAGCGUCAUAGGAUUCUAUCUGUCUCGACAUUACAAGAAAACGACGUACCAGAUGUCAGAAUUCAAGAAAUUAAGGACAUGACUGCUAAAGAUUCAGAGAUGCAAACAUUGGCCGACACCAUAGCCAAUGGAUGGCCUGACAGUAAACAAGAUCUUCCAACGAGUGUGCGUCAUUACUUUGAUUUUCGUGACACUCUAAGUUUAGAAGAUGGACUCAUCUUGAAAGGUGAAGCAGUCGUCAUUCCAAAGACACUUAGAUCAGAAAUGAAGAUGCGAUUACACAAAGCACAUCUAGGAUAUGACAGUAUGAUAAGGAGAGCUCGUGGUGUUAUUUUUUGGCCUGGGAUGAAAUCUGACAUAAAACAGAUUGCAGAUUAUUGUGGAAUUUGUCAGGAAAGAAAACCGAGAAACUGUAAGGAACCUUUAAUUCAGCAUUCAACAUGUGAAUUUCCCUGGCAGAAAAUUGGACUAGAUUUAUUUGAGAUACAAGGAAAACACUACAUGGUCUCGGUAGACUACUUUUCCAGUUUUUAG